AUGAUCAACGUAUUCAAACCAUCAAAAGACAUUCAAUACAAUAACAAUUCUCAAAUAUUACAAUACGAUGGAAACUCCGCCAAAACACCAAUAUUACCGUUCAAUUACACAAUAGAAGGAUUAACAAGGGAUGUUUAUCCAAAACCAUUACAUUCACAUAAUGAUUAUUGGAGAGCUCAUCCAUUAUUUGAUGCAUUAUCAAUAGGUGCAGUUUCAAUAGAAAGUGAUAUUUGGCAUUUUCCUAAAAAUUACACUUUACAAAGAACAACAACUGAAAGUACUGGUAUUACUACUACCCCCAAUGAAACUUUAUAUUUUAAUAGUAAUGAAGUAUAUGUUGGUCAUAAUCAAGUAUUUUUACAUCCAAUAAAUACAUUAUUUAAUUUAUAUUUAAAUCCAAUUUAUCAAUUUUUAAGUUAUUCAAAUCCAAAUUUUAAAUUUAUUGAUGGUGAUGGGAACCCAUUAUUAGGAUCACAACAAAAACAUUCAUUAUUUUACAAUGAUCCAGAACAACAAGUUUAUUUAUGGUUUGAUUUUAAAACUUCUCCCAAUGAUACUUAUGACGCAUUAAAACCUUUAUUACAACCAUUUAUAGAUUCAAAUUUCUUAACUUAUUAUAAUACAACUGAUGAUUCAUUACAUCAAGGUCCCUUAGUAUUAACCAUCACAGGAAAUUUACCAAUUGGAAAAGUUAGUGAAGAAAAAAUAAGGUAUACCUUUUUAGACGGACCAUUAUCUUACUUCAACACAUCAGCAAGUGAUAACGAAUUAAAAAACUGGUCAAAACUCUCUCAAGUAGCUAGUGGAUCUUUACAAAGUCUUUUGGGAGACGAUUACAAUUCCACAAUCAAGAAUAAUUUCACAGAUCAACAAAAAACCAAACUUAAGUCAGUAUUUGAUAAAGCUCAUACAUAUGGUUUGAAAACUAGAAUAUGGGGUGAUAUUACAUGGCCUUGGAAUUUAGUUGAUUCUCAUUUAUUGGAUUUAUAUCAAGCUGGUACUGAUUUAUUAAAUGUUGAUGAUUUAAAAAGAGCAAGUGAUUUGUUUUCUUGGACUAUUACUAGAAAUUAG